UCCAGUGAGAUAUCAGACGCACUUUAUUUAUUCAAAAUGCCCUGCUGCAAGAUGACUACAUACGAAAAACUUCUCUUCACUGACCAAGCAGAAGAAAGCAAGAGAUGCGAUUGCCUCCUAAAUGACAAGAAUUGUUUGUACGUUGGCCUCAUUGAUGUUGCCAGAUGUAAAAACUGCCAAUGUUGUCAAGUUAAUUGCGAGUGCAAAAAAAAGAUGAACAACGCAAAACAAUGUGUUGGUUGUCAAGGCAAUAAUUGUUCAAAGACAUGCAAUGAUUGUCAAUACAAUACGAAGAAGAUACGCAAUGAUGGUCAACACGAUAUGAGGAAGACCUGCAGUGGUUGUCAAUGCAAUUCGAAGAAGCCGUGCAAUUAUUGCCAAUGCGAUACGAAGAUAUGCAAUGAUUGUCAAUGCAAUACGAAGAAGUCGUGCAAUGAUUGUCAAUACAAUUCGAAGAAGCCGUGCAAUGAUUGUCAAUGCGAUACGAAGAUAUGCAAUGAUUGUCAAUGCAAUACGAAGAAGUCGUGCAAUAAUUGUCAAUGCGAUACUAAGACAUGCAAUGAUUGGCAGAGCAAUACGAAGCAGACAUGGAAUGAUUGUCAAUGCAAUACGAAAAAGACUAACAAUGAUUGUCAAUGCAAUACGAAGAAGACAAGCAAUGAUCGUCAAUGCGAUACGAAGAAGACACGCGAUGAUUGUCAAUACGAUACGAGGAAGUCAUGCAAUAAUUGUCAAUGCAAUACAAAGAAGCCGUGCAAUGAUUGUCAAUGCAAUACGAGGAAGUCAUGCAAUGAUUGUCAAUACAAUUCGAAGAAGCCGUGCAAUGAUUGUCAAUGCGAUACGAAGAUAUGCAAUGAUUGUCAAUACAAUACGAAGAAGCCGUGCAAUAAUUGUCAAUGCGAUACUAAGACAUGCAAUGAUUGUCAGAUCAAUACGAAGCAGACAUGCAAUGGUUGUCAAUGCAAUACGAAGAAGACUAGCAAUGAUCGUCAAUGCGAUACGAAGAAGACACGCGCUGAUUGUCAAUACGAUACGAGGAAGUCAUGCAAUAAUUGUCAAUGCAAUACGAAGAAGCCGUGCAAUGAUUGUCAAUGCGAUACGAAGAAGUCAUGCAAUGAUUGUCGAUGCGAUAUAAAGAAGUCAUGCAAAGAUUGUCAAUGUGACGUGAAGAACAAAGUAUGUGAGGAUUGUCCAAUGUCCAUGCAAUAAUAAUAAAGCAUGUGA